UUCAGAUAAAUGCAACAGAAGUUUGCGAGAACAUAACCAGUAAUGAUGUUGGAAGGUCCUCAAAUUUCACUCAUUUAAUCUGUGACAAUCUACACAACUUGUCAACAUGGAACAGUUCCUUUAUCAGGGAAGCAUUGGAGUUCCUGCUGAGGAAAGACGUUGAUUUACAGCUAAGUGUUGUGAAGCUCCUUGUCAGCAAAGUGAACGGGAAAGAGCUGGAGGAAGCAUUGGAAGAAUUUAAUGACAAGGUUGUUAACUCCUCACGGAUCCCAUCGGAAUGGAAAGGCUUUGCACUGGAGGCAUUAUGGGAUGGGAAGCUGAGAAACGAGGAGCUUUAUAAUGAGACAGAGUUUGUGGGGCCAUGGUUCCAGAAGAGGUUAAGGCCCUUUUUAGCUGCAGUCUCUAUCGACAUACUCCAGUGCCUUCGGAAUGAGACCUUGGGAUGCGCGCAGUAUCAGGCAAUAGUUAAAGGCCUGGAUCUGGAAUUUAAAAAGAUGAACCACAGUACCCAAGAGGAAGUCUACCGUGCUUUCCAGCUUCCUUACCUGAAAGGGUUAAACGUUACAGGAUCAGCUUGUGUUGAUAGCCUUAACACCAGCACGGCUUGGCUAACGGCCAACUUUAGAAACUUCAGCAGACACGCUGCAUAUCACGACUUGCUCUCUCUGAACUCCAGAUUUAAUGGGUUCGAUGUGCUCAGUAGUUUGACAGUGAAGCAGCGUGCGCAGUUAUCAGCCACCCAGGGGACCUUGCAGACCCCCGAAGAUGUUCAGAGACUGAUGAGUUUUGUGACCACCUCUACAGUAACCGAGUACAUCGAUGAAUUGAACAAACAGGCCAACCUGAGUCUGAAGGGGGACAUCAGAGCCACGCUGCUACAGCACAUCCUAGCUGCAGUCCAGCCAAUAUUUCAGAAGGCAGAUGAUGCUGAAUUCGUGCACUGGAUGGAUCCUCGCCUUGCAGGCUUGAUCUCAGGACUGAACAGCACCCAUGUCCCACUCGUUUUCAACGGUCUAGAAUCUAGAAACUGCUCUGCCAUCAAUGCUGUAGUAACUGUGCUUAAUAGCUCCAUCACCGACUUCAGCAACACCACGCGACAGAGCAUUUACCGCGGGAUACUGAACGUGACAGCCGGUUCCUCCCUACGGUGCUACACCACAAACACUAGCUUCACCGUGUAUCUAAGAGAGACGUUUCAGGGCUUUGCUGCUUUUCUGAAUCUGAGAGAUCUCGCCUCCAUCGUUCCCGCAUCUGAAAUCCAAACGAUUGUGAAUACAGUGGCCCCAGCUGCACUGGCUGAUUUGUUAUCCAGUUCUGACUUUCUCAAUGACAACAACUUCCUGACUGUUCUUCUGAAGAACUAUAAAAGGAGAGGGGCCUUCAUUGACCUGUUUAACAAGAGGAGCAUUAUGGACACCCUCCCAAAUGACACCAGGACGGCCAUUCUGGCUGGUGUGUGGCCUGCGGUGUUGAGGAGUGACAAUGAGACAGUGGUGGACACGUGGCUCAGCGCACGUCUGUCGCAAUAUUUCAGUUUUAUCCAAGGCAACAUACUGAACUUCAGCGGGACCCAGAACGCCAGCUGCACAGCGUUCCGCACGAUCGUGGGCAAACUGAGCAAUAACAUUACAGCUUUCAAGGUCAGCCAGCAAGAGAUCUAUAAUUUCACCAAAGACUAUCUCACCGCAACAAGUGCUAGACCCAGAUGUUACAAUGCCAGUGACCCACGCACAGCAAAUUGGUUUGCUGCUUACCUUGGGCGUUCCAUCCGCUACAGCAGUGCGGACGAUGUAAGAUCAUUCAUCAACAACAACGCAACACUUCUCCAGGAUCUAGCCAUAAACCCAGACAACCUGAGACUCAUCAACCACACAAGAAUCCAUAAGGACGUAGCAGAGCUGUAUGCCACAGCGCUGUUUGCCAAGAAUUCAAACUUCAGUCUUGUCAACCUUCCAGACCAGCUCCUCUGCUUUGCCAGACAUUCUACCACAAUACGCCUGCUCAACUCCAGUGCUUCACUGAGCAUCAUUGCUAGGAUAAACCUCCAUUGUGUCCCUUCAAACGCAUCAGAACUCAAAGACCCCUUUACCACUGACCGCCAGCUCGCAACUAUGCUCGUCGCUCAGAUCACUACGUUUGAUGCAAGGACCCUGGCUGCUUUGGGGCAGCAAGCCGUGGGGCUGACCUCCGGGCAGAUUUUAGAACUGAGAGCUCAGGAUAUAGCAGAUCCACUGGCCUUGCAGUCGCUUGGACAAGUCAACGGCUGGGAUAGGGGACAAUCUCAAGGGCUGAUGAACAAGUUAAUCAGCAGUAAUUUCACGUUCGAUACGGCAGAGGCAUUUCAGAGACUUGGAAGGUUGGUGCCAGGCCUCCCCAGUCGCAUCUUCAGUAACAUCACAGCAGACACUGCGAUGAAGAUGGCUAAGAAUGCCAAUUUCCAUAGAACCAUCAAGAAGGCUCCUGGCUAUUUAAAGAGAGCUUUUGUGGACAAGAUCAUCUCCAAUUCCUCAUCGCUGAAUGACAUUUUAAAUAACGUGCCAGAUGAUUUGGUGGACCAGGUUCCAAUCCCAUUGUUGGUGUUUCGAGACGAGCUCCUAGAUCUUCGCAAAAUCAAUGAGAAACAAUGGACACCAGAGCAGGUGACGUUAAGGGCUGGUCUCAUUCUCUUCAUUUCCAGAAGGGUGUUUAAGGCUGAUGCUAGAGUUGGUUAUAUGUUAAAUCAAUGGAGGGUUGACCUGAGUGAGGGCUCUGCAUUCAGAGAGGAGUCUAUUAGGUUUAAGGCUGCAUUUAACUACAUGUGUGAGGUGAAGGCCCCGGGGACAUUUUGUGAGAGGUUCUGUAUAAGUGUGUAUUAUUAUUUUAUCUACAUGCUCUGCUUUUAACCACCCAUGGUUUCUCAGACAUCUCCGUGACCUGCACAAAUCUGAGUGGUGUGAACGUUAAGGGAGUUGUUUGCCACUUAUAAAAAGGAUUAUGGAGAGGUCAAAGCCCUCAGCAAGACAUCUAAUCACACAGUAACGUUAGCUUUCUUCUUUUCUCUGUGGGGCUGGUUGCGCAUGGUUCUUGGCUUGUCUCCCCCAUGUCUUGUCUAUCUGAGUGUGUGUUGUUCUCCCUCACAGGCAGCUGUGUUUUUUGUGGAUGUAUUGA